AAUUUUUUGAAUAUAUAAGUUUUUUCUCAGGUAAUUGCUGUACCAGGUAAUAAAAAAGGUAUGGAACUUUUCCCAUGAAAAUCGUAACCGAUAUAAUAGCUCUUUAAGCAUACAAAUUGCCAUUAUCCACAACAAACUAUAUGUAAAAGUAGAUAGAAUCAGUAUGACUAAGAGCAUCGUGAAAGAUGCAGCUAUUGUGGGUUUUUCUGUUCCUUGUCGGAUUUGAAUGCCAAGUUGUAUACCGAACUCGAUGGCCAAAGUAUGUCCCAAAAAAGAAAUUUCAUACGCCACGUAAGGCACUCGAUUACUGCAAUGGACACCUUUGCCCCGGCAACACAAAACAUCUUACUUGCGAUGUUCGUUUUUGGGCUGACAGAUGUGGUAAGGACCACGAAGGAAUAAGGCUGACCGAGUAUCGACAAGAUAUUGAAAAAAUCGUGAACGACUUUCGAAGAAGAGUGGAGCGGGGUCUCGGGAAUUUACCGAGGGCUGCGAAACUACCCCAAAUAAGAUGGGACGAGGACCUGUCCGUACUUGCGAUGCGGGUCACGAACCAGUGCAUUAAGCACUCCUUUUCACCAUGCGUCAAUACGUUUCGUCACAAGAACGUGGGCGAGUCCUCGGAUUUCGUGGAGUUGCCCAAAACUAGUAAGGGCUUCAACGUUAUCAGCUUCCUCAAGAUGUGGCUCGAAUACUACAAGAUAAUGAUGCCCGGCGAUGUCCGCAGCUUUCCCGACGUAGCCCCAGCAGAUCACUUGAGAGUUGUUGCGAAUUUAAUUUAUGAGAAAAACACGUACAUGGGCUGCGGAAUGCUCAAAUCUAAGGAUAAGCGCUAUUUAACGUGUCUCUUCAACACAAAGGUCGUGCCGGGAGUGUCGCUUUACAGGAUAUCGGGUCCCGGAAAAUACCGAAGCCGGGCUCGUACAGCCAAUCACACCAUAUCCAAAACCUUAAAAUAUUCGCAGCACAAUAAAAAAAAAAAUUAUUAAAAUUUAAUUCCGUGCUUGGUAUAACUUGUAUAUUUAAAUGUU